AUGCUCUGGAUCGACAAGCACUGCCCGAAGCAGCUCUAUGAGCUGAACUCACACCGCGAAGUCAAUGAGCUUCUCACCAAACUUGUCGAAAAGUCGCAUGGAGAGCUGCCGCACCUGCUCUUCUACGGGCCUUCCGGGGCUGGCAAGAAGACACGCAUCAUGGCGACCCUGCGCGCAGUGUUCGGAGCAGCGAUCGACAGGGUGAAGACGGAGGUCGUUUCCAACGUAGACACCUCAAACAACGUCAUCGUGUGCCAAAGUGACCAUCACAUACAUAGUGAGUCAACCGUUGAACAGUUGCAUCACCGAGCAGUCCCGUGCACGGAACUAGGUUCCAAGGACAGGGUCAUCAUCCAGGACGUCAUCAAAAACUUGUCGGCCUCGCCUUCCGCAUCCAACUACUUCCUCAAGGGGCCUGCGUACAGGGUGUUCCUAUUCGAAGAUGCCGACUCGCUCUCGCUGCCAGCACAGGCCGCGCUGAGGCGCACUAUGGAGACAUACAUCAGGAAUGCACGCAUGUUCCUGCACGUGAAGCAGCUCUCACGGAUCAUACUGCCGCUGCGCAGCCGGUGCCUGUGCAUCCGUGUCGGCAGCCACACUAUCGCAGAGAUCGUCGAUGUGCUACGUGGGAUCGCCAAAGCCGAGGGGCUCCCUCCCAAGCAGUCUUCGGACGAGGUCCUCCGCAGCAUAGCCAAUGCCAGCGGGCGUAACCUGAGACGGGCCAUACUCACACUCGAGACCAUGGCAUUGGGCGGGUUCCCCGCAGCUCCGGGAGAGUUCCUGAUGCCGUGGGAGCUGCAGGUGGCGAAGCUAGUCAAGUCCGUGCUGGAAAACCAGUCGCCGUCCACCAUCAGCGCUCUCAGGCCGCAGGUGUACGAGCUCCUGGUGUGCUGCAUACCCGGCGAGGUGGUGCUCGAAAAGUUUGUCACCAUGUUGUCGCAACGAGUCAAGCCGGAGCUGGUACCAAAGCUGAUUCACGUCGCCGCUCAUUUCUCCCACACCAUGCAACAGGGGUCACGCCAAAUAUGGCACAUCGAGGCCUGCAUCGUGCAGUUCAUGGCGCUGCUGGCCGGCAAGGGGGCCGAUGUAUGA